GGCGCGCACGGAAUCAGGAAUCUGACGAGACCGCGGACGUGGUGAGAAAAGGGGUAAAAGGUCUGAACCCGCGAGAGUCUAUUGCCAACAACACUGUGCCUGACAGUUCCUUCCGCAGCGGGGCAGCGGGGGGUCGGUCGGUCGAUCUCCGGUGAGUUCUCACGGCGAGAUCACACACACGCGUCCAGAGACCACCGCCACCAACCUCAAGCAGUAAAGCAGCAAAGUGUUAGAACAAGAAACCAACCCGGCAUGGGUGAUUCCCUGGACGGCUCCGAGGAACCGUCCCCGGAGUCGCAGAACAUCGCGAUCGCCGAGUUCCCGACGUUCGCCAAUUAUCUGCGAAAAGCCGUGACCGUGUUGCUGCCCGACGAGGAUCUGGUGCCGCCCGCGUUCAACCUGGCCCUCGAUGAUCGCUACAAUCAGGAUUGCAUUAGGAAAUUUCUGGGCGACUCGCAAGUCGGCGCGCUCUACAUACAGAGAAGCUCGACCAAAGAAGAAGACAGUGGCGAGGGAGAUGAGGACAAGGAGAACGCAACUUACUACAUCUCGAACGAGAUACACUUCACGAAUCCAAAAAUGGCCUCCUUAGUUUUAACAAAACGCGGAGUUGUCAUCGAGGCGGACAAAUCAAUUCAUUCUCAAGUGCGCUUAAUCACAUUCUCGGACGGACCGCCGUACGAGACUUUGCACGCGAUAAGCAAGACCAUGGCGCCUUACUUCAAGAGCUACGUGAAGGAAACCGGACGUGCUCACAGGGACGGCGACAAGAUGGUGCCGCUUGUGGAGAAGAAAAUAGCGGAACUCGAGAUGGGACUGUUGCAUUUGCAGCAGAACAUCGACAUUCCCGAGAUUUCGUUGCCCAUUCAUCCGAUCGUCGCUCAAGUGAUCAAGCAGUGCGAGGAGGAGGGUCGCAAACCGAAAGUUGCCGACUUCGGCGACAAGGUCGAGGAUUCGACGUUUCUAAAUCAGUUGCAAAACGGCGUGAACAGAUGGAUAAAGGAGAUUCAGAAAGUCACCAAAUUGAAUCGCGAUCCGGAAUCGGGCACGGCGCUUCAGGAGAUAUCGUUCUGGCUUAAUCUCGAGAGAGCGUUGCAUCGUAUUCAAGAGAAACGAGAGAGCAUCGAGAUCUCUCUCACGCUCGAUAUACUCAAACACGGCAAACGUUUCCACGCGACCGUAAGCUUCGACACCGAUACCGGUUUGAAACAAGCUCUGGCCACCGUGAACGACUACAAUCCGCUGAUGAAAGAUUUUCCGAUUAACGACUUGUUAUCGGCCACAGAACUGGAACGAAUACGCAGCAGCGUGCAGCAGAUCUUCAUGCAUCUGAGAAAGAUACGAAGCACGAAAUAUCCCAUUCAGAGAGUGCUUAGACUGGUGGAGGCCAUCUCCAGAGAUCUGGGACAGCAAUUGCUCAAGGUUUUGGGCACGCGACGACUUAUGCACAUUCCCUUCGACGAUUUCGAGAAAGUGAUGGCUCAAUGCUUCGAGGUGUUCAGCACUUGGGACGACGAGUACGACAAGCUCACCGGAUUGUUGAGGGACGUGGUGAAGAAGAAGCGCGACGAGCACAUGAAAAUGGUGUGGAGAGUGUUGCCGGCCCAUAAGAAGCUGCAGUCGAGGAUGGAGCACAUGCGACGUUUCCGACGACAACACGAGCAACUCAGAACGGUGAUAGUCCGCGUGCUCAGACCCACCGUUCGUCAGAACAGUAACAAUUCCACGUUGGAGAACAACGAUAACGAUAACGUGAAGGUGGAAUACGCGCUUGACGCGGCGGACGCCAACGCCAUCAGCGAGGUCAACUUGGCUUACGAAAAUGUGAAGGAGGUGGAUUGUCUGGAUAUUACGAAGGAAGGACAGGAGUCUUGGGACGCCGCCGUUCACAGAUACGAGGAGCGAAUAGAGCGCGUGGAGGCGAGGAUCACGGCCCAUCUCAGAGAUCAAUUGGGCACGGCUAAAAACGCAAACGAGAUGUUUAGAAUCUUUUCGAGAUUCAACGCGCUCUUCGUGAGGCCGCAUAUUCGAGGUGCAAUAAGAGAAUAUCAGACGCAACUGAUACAAAGAGUCAAGGACGAUAUUGAAGCGCUUCAUGAAAAGUUCAAGGUUCAAUACGCGCAAAGUAAACGCUGCAGAAUGAGUAUGGUGAGGGACUUGCCACCUGUUGCCGGAUCAAUAAUCUGGGUCAAACAGAUUGAUUAUCAAUUGACAAUGUAUUUGAAGCGUGUCGAGGAUGUCUUAGGAAAGGGAUGGGAGAGUCACAUCGAAGGUCAGAAGCUGAAAGCUGACGGAGAUAGUUUCCGCAUGAAACUGUCGACUCAGGAGAUCUUCGACGAUUGGUCCCGCAAGGUGCAGGCGCGAAAUCUCGGCGUGACCGGGCGUAUCUUCACCAUCGAGAGCGUGCGUUCAAGAACAGGUCGCGGCAACGUGCUGAAGCUGAAAGUGAACUUUCUUCCCGAGAUCAUCACACUGUCGAAGGAAGUGAGAAAUUUGCGAAAUCUUGGAUUUCGCGUGCCUCUGCCCAUUGUGAACAAAGCUCAUCAGGCCAAUCAGUUGUAUCCCUUCGCCAUCAGUCUCAUUGGAAGCAUCAGAACCUACGAGAGAACAUUGGAAAAGCUUACCAAUCGGAGUCCCCAUUGUCCCGCACUAAAGAUUGAGGACAAAGCCAGUAUAAUACCUUUGGUCGCUGGCAUGCGUAAAGAUGUUCUGUCUCUGAUUUCUGAGGGUAUUGCUCUAGUUUGGGAAAGCUACAAACUUGAUCAAUACGUACAACGUCUAUCCGAUGCAGUCGUUUCUUUUCAAGAAAGGGUGGAAGAUCUUUUGGUUGUGGAGGAACAGCUGGAUGUAGACGUUCGUUCUCUCGAAACGUGUCCCUAUUCAGCGAACACGUUCGCCGACAUAUUAUCCAAGAUUCAGAAAUCGGUAGACGAACUGUCCUUAAAGAAUUACUCCAAUCUGCACAUCUGGGUGGUGAGGCUCGAUGAAGAAGUGGAAAAGAAUUUGGCCGCCAGAUUGGAAGCUGGAAUAAAAGCGUGGACCGACGCUCUGACCGGUCACAAGAAGGAAGUGGACCUGAGCAUGGAUACGGACGCUCCUGCGCAACCGACACACAAACCCGGCGGUGAUCCCAAAAUUCAGAAUCAGAUUCACGAAGUCCGAAUCACCAAUCAGACGAUGUAUUUGUAUCCGAGCAUCGAGGACGCAAGAUUUCAGAUAAUGCAACAAUUGUUUGCGUGGCAAGCGAUCGUCACCUCCCAAGUCCGUCUUCAGAGUUCGAGAUAUCAAGUCGGACUGGACAAACCGGAAUCGGGUACGUAUAGAAAUUUGCUCACGAAGUUACCGUCGGGAAAACAACCGCUCGAGGCAGCUUACGAAGCAGUUGAAUCGAAAAUGAAGGAUGUCACCGAUUACGUCGACGAAUGGCUGCGUUAUCAAGCUCUCUGGGAUUUGCAACCUGGCAAUCUUUACGGCAAGUUGGGCGAGAAUAUUAACUUGUGGAUGAAGUGUCUGAAUGAUAUCAAGAAAACGAGAACCACCUUCGAUACUUCCGACACGAGACGCGAAUUCGGACCUGUGAUCAUAGACUUCGCGAAGGUGCAGAGCAAGGUGUCGCUCAAAUAUGACUCGUGGCACAAAGAGACACUGGGCAAAUUCGGAACGCUUCUGGGCAACGAAAUGGCUAGUUUUCACGCUCAGGUUUCGAAGUCCAGGAGCGAUCUAGAACAACAGUCUAUCGAAGCGGCCAGCACAUCCGACGCGGUCGGUUUUAUAACGUACGUGCAAUCCCUGAAACGCAAAAUGAAAGCCUGGGAGAAACAGGUGGACAUAUAUCGCGAGGGUCAACGAAUACUUGAACGUCAGAGAUUCCAAUUUCCGUCUUCUUGGCUACACGUGGAUAAUAUAGAAGGAGAAUGGGGCGCUUUCAACGAGAUUAUUAAGCGCAAAGACACGAGCAUUCAGACUCAAGUUGCGUCUCUGCAAAUGAAAAUCGUUGCCGAAGACAAAGCGGUCGAAACGAGAACAACCGACUUUCUCAGCGACUGGGAAAGAGGUAAGCCCGUGGAGGGUCAUCUGCGACCGGACGACGCCUUGCAACAGCUGCAAUUGUUUGAGAGCAAAUUCGCCAGGCUCAAAGAAGAAAGAGACAACGUCGCCAAGGCCAAAGAGGCGUUGGAAUUGCAAGAACCAGGUGGAAUAUCGACCAGCGAGGAUAGAAUGCAGGUGGUGUUCGAGGAGUUGCAAGAUCUGAGAGGAGUUUGGUCAGAACUGUCGAGAAUAUGGGCCCAAAUCGACGAGACGCGUGAGAAACCCUGGCUCUCGGUCCAACCGCGAAAGUUGCGUCAACAAUUGGACACAAUGAUGGCCCAAUUGAAGGAACUGCCAGCGAGAUUAAGACAAUACUCAUCGUACGAAUACGUGAAGAAAAUGUUACAGAGUUACACGAAGGUGAACAUGCUGAUUGUGGAACUCAAAUCCGACGCGCUCAAAGAAAGACACUGGAAACAACUGACUAAGCAGCUCAGAGUGAACUGGGUACUUAGCGAGCUCACCCUCGGUCAGGUUUGGGACGUGAAUCUUCAGAAAAACGAAGGUAUAGUCAAGGAUAUUAUACUCGUAGCUCAAGGAGAAAUGGCGCUCGAGGAGUUCUUGAAACAGGUGCGCGAAUCUUGGCAAACGUACGAGUUGGAUUUGAUAAAUUAUCAAAAUAAAUGCAGACUUAUUCGCGGCUGGGACGAUUUGUUCAACAAGGUGAAGGAACACAUCAAUUCGGUGGCUGCCAUGAAAUUGUCGCCGUAUUACAAAGUAUUCGAGGAGGAAGCUUUAACUUGGGAGGAAAAAUUGAACCGAAUCAACGCUCUCUUCGACGUGUGGAUAGACGUGCAACGUCGAUGGGUUUAUCUCGAGGGCAUAUUUUCCGGUAGCGCAGACAUCAAGACCUUGUUGCCGGUUGAAACAUCGCGUUUCCAAAGUAUCAGUUCUGAAUUUCUGGGACUGAUGAAGAAGGUAUCGAAAUCUCCCAUGGUCACGGACGUACUGAACAUUCCUGGCGUUCAAAGAGCGCUCGAGCGUCUCGCGGAUCUUCUCGGCAAGAUACAGAAAGCGCUCGGAGAAUAUUUGGAGAGAGAACGUACAUCAUUUCCGAGAUUUUACUUCGUCGGCGACGAAGAUUUGCUCGAGAUCAUUGGCAACAGCAAAAAUGUCGCGAGGUUGCAGAAACACUUCAAGAAGAUGUUUGCCGGUGUGGCCGCGAUUCUGUUGAACGACGACAACACCGUUAUUACCGGCAUCGCUUCGCGCGAAGGCGAAGAAGUUCUGUUCCAGAAUCCCGUGUCCACGGUCGAUCAUCCGAAGAUCAACGAAUGGCUGACGCUCGUUGAGAAAGAAAUGCGCGUUACGCUCGCCUCGAGUCUUGCUAAGGCAGUACAGGACAUCAAACAGUUCAAGGACGGCAAUAUCAAUCCAACCGCGUUUAUGUCGUGGUGUGACAACUAUCAGGCGCAGAUAAUAGUUCUGGCCGCUCAGAUCCUGUGGUCGGAGGACGUGGAAGCGGCUCUUCACGAGGUGCAAGCGGAUCCGAAUAAAAAUUCAUUAGAAAGAGUUCUGAUACAAGUGGAGGGUACGUUGAACGUCCUGGCCGAUUCUGUUCUUCAGGAACAGCCGCCGUUGAGACGAAAGAAAUUGGAACAUUUGAUUAACGAAUUCGUGCACAAACGCACGGUAACCAGACGUCUGAUUGCGAACAGAGUUUCGAAUCCGAAGGCGUUCGAGUGGCUGUGCGAAAUGAGAUUCUACUUCGAUCCCCGACAAACGGAAGUGUUGCAGCAACUCACGAUACACAUGGCGAACGCCAAGUUCUUCUACGGAUUUGAAUACUUGGGAGUGCAGGAUCGAUUGGUACAGACGCCGUUGACUGACAGAUGCUAUCUGACAAUGACGCAGGCGUUAGAGGCUCGACUUGGUGGAUCGCCUUUCGGACCGGCUGGUACCGGAAAGACCGAAUCCGUAAAAGCAUUGGGUCAUCAGCUCGGAAGAUUCGUAUUGGUGUUCAAUUGCGACGAAACAUUCGAUUUCCAAGCAAUGGGUCGCAUAUUUGUCGGUCUCUGUCAAGUGGGCGCGUGGGGUUGCUUCGACGAGUUCAAUCGUUUGGAAGAGCGCAUGUUAUCCGCCGUUUCUCAGCAAGUACAAACGAUUCAGGAAGCUCUCAAGAGCCAAAUGGAAGGCAAGAAAGAAGGAACGCUCUGCGUCGAAUUGGUGGGGAAACAAGUCAACGUUUCCACGGAUAUGGCGAUAUUCAUCACCAUGAAUCCGGGAUACGCCGGACGUUCGAAUCUGCCUGACAAUCUGAAGAAGCUCUUCAGAUCGCUCGCCAUGACCACACCUGAUCGACAACUGAUUGCCGAGGUGAUGCUCUUCAGUCAAGGUUUUCGAUCGGCGGAGAAAUUGGCUUGCAAGAUCGUUCCGUUCUUCAAACUAUGCGACGAACAACUCUCCAAUCAAUCCCAUUACGAUUUCGGAUUGCGCGCGCUCAAAUCCGUUCUGAUCUCAGCCGGAAAUGUGAAACGUGAUCGCAUACAGAAGAUCAAAGAAGGCAUGCAAAGUCGCGGCGAGACAAACAUCGACGAAGCCUCGAUCGCUGAAAAUCUACCCGAGCAAGAGAUACUUAUUCAAUCCGUAUGCGAAACAAUGGUUCCCAAAUUGGUUGCCGAGGACAUUCCAUUACUGUUCAGUUUGCUCAGCGACGUAUUCCCUAACGUGAAUUACACUCGCGCGGAAAUGAAGGGACUGAAAGACCAGAUCAGGAAAGUAUGCGCGGAGGAUUAUCUGGUGUGCGGCGAAGGAGAUGAACAAGGCGGUGCCUGGCAAGAAAAGGAAUCUGUUGGUGAAACGUGGGUAGAAAAGGUGCUUCAAUUGUAUCAAAUUUGCAACUUAAAUCACGGAUUAAUGAUGGUCGGCCCAAGCGGAUCCGGCAAAACCAUGGCGUGGAAAGUGCUGCUCAAAGCGUUGGAGCGAUUCGAAGGCGUGGAAGGUGUCGCCCACGUGAUCGAUCCCAAAGCUAUCAGCAAGGAGACGCUUUACGGCGUGUUAGAUCCAAACACGCGCGAAUGGACGGACGGUCUGUUCACGCAUAUACUCAGAAAGAUAAUCGACAAUGUCCGAGGUGAGAUCAACAAGAGACAAUGGAUCAUAUUCGACGGAGACGUAGAUCCGGAAUGGGUCGAGAACUUGAACUCGGUGUUGGACGACAACAAGCUUUUAACUUUGCCCAAUGGCGAACGCUUGAGUUUGCCGCCGAACGUCAGAGUCAUGUUCGAAGUGCAGGAUUUGAAAUACGCCACCUUAGCUACCGUGUCCCGUUGCGGUAUGGUUUGGUUCUCGGAGGAUGUGCUGUCGACGGAAAUGAUAUUUGAGAAUUAUAUGCUACGACUGCGAAACAUUCCGCUGGAAGACGGCGAGGAAGAUCAUCUCGGCAAGAAAGCUACCGAAAAAGAAGACACCUUGUCACCUGCGUUGUCGGUGCAGAGAGAAGUAGCGAGCAUCAUGCAGAGUUACUUCGCGCCUGACGGUUUGGUAGUAAGAUGCUUGGAGUACGCAAUGAAGCAGGAACACAUAAUGGAUUUCACGCGUUUGCGUGCUCUCAGUUCUCUGUUCUCUAUGUUGAAUCAAGCCGUUCGCAAUGUUUUGCAAUACAAUCACUCCCAUACAGAUUUUCCUUUGCCGAGCGAGCAAUUGGAACGUUACAUGCCCAAGUGUUUGGUCUACGCUCUGUUGUGGAGUUUCGCAGGAGACGCGAAAUUAAAAGUUAGAUCCGACUUGGGUGACUUUAUCAGAUCUAUCACGACUGUACCGUUACCAUCUCAAAAUAAUAUACCGAUUAUAGACUUUGAGGUGAACAUACACGGAGAAUGGUUACCUUGGAGCAACAAGGUUCCCCAAAUCGAAGUUGAAACUCACAAAGUAGCUAGUCCAGAUAUUGUUGUGCCAACUUUAGACACCGUGCGACACGAGAGUUUGUUGUAUACUUGGUUAGCUGAACAUAAGCCAUUGGUACUGUGCGGACCACCCGGUUCCGGUAAGACGAUGACACUGUUCUCUGCUUUGCGAGCUUUACCAGACAUGGAAGUUGUCGGACUUAAUUUCUCAUCCGCCACAACGCCUGAAUUGUUGCUUAAAACUUUCGAUCAUUACUGCGAAUAUCGCAAAACACCUAACGGGGUCGUACUCUCGCCCGUGCAGUUAGGCAAAUGGCUAGUUUUGUUCUGCGACGAGAUCAAUUUACCCGAUAUGGAUAAUUACGGGACGCAACGUGUGAUAUCGUUUCUGAGACAAUUGGUCGAGCAUAAAGGAUUUUACAGAACCAGCGAUCAGGCGUGGGUCACUUUGGAAAGGAUUCAGUUUGUGGGCGCUUGCAAUCCACCUACAGAUCCCGGAAGAAAACCUCUAAGUCACAGAUUCCUGCGACACGUGCCUGUCAUUUAUGUCGAUUAUCCUGGAGAAACUUCUCUGAAACAGAUUUACGGUACAUUCACGCGCGCCAUGCUCAGAUUAACACCCAAUCUGAGAGGUUACGCCGAACCCUUGACAAACGCGAUGGUGGAGUUUUAUCUGGCCUCUCAGGAGAGAUUUACUCAGGAUAUGCAACCGCACUACGUGUAUUCGCCGCGUGAAAUGACACGCUGGGUGCGCGGUAUUUGUGAAGCCAUCAGACCUCUCGAUAAUCUCUCCGUCGAAGGUCUGGUGCGUUUGUGGGCUCACGAAGCUCUUCGAUUGUUCCAAGACAGAUUGGUGGAGGAAUCCGAAAGAGCGUGGACGAACAAGAACAUAGACACUGUAGCUCUGAAACAUUUUAUGUCGGUUGACAGAGAGAAAGCGCUGGCAAGACCGAUCUUGUACAGCAACUGGUUGUCAAAGGAUUACGUGCCGGUGAACAGAGAGGAGUUGAGAGAUUACGUUCGGGCGAGAUUAAAAGUAUUCUACGAAGAGGAAUUGGAUGUGCCGUUGGUACUCUUCGACGAGGUUCUUGAACAUGUUCUUCGCAUUGACAGAAUUUUCCGACAGCCUCAGGGACACUUGUUGCUCAUUGGUGUCUCUGGCGCUGGAAAGACAACUCUGUCGCGAUUUGUUGCAUGGAUGAAUGGCUUGUCUAUCUUCCAAAUUAAGGUUCACAACAAGUACACCGGUGAAAAUUUCGACGAUGAUUUACGGCAAGUGUUGAGACGAUCCGGUUGCAAAGACGAGAAAAUAGCUUUCAUUCUCGACGAGUCUAAUGUGUUAGAUUCUGGUUUCCUCGAGCGUAUGAACACGUUGCUUGCCAACGGAGAAGUGCCUGGAUUAUUUGAGGGUGACGAGUAUACAACGUUAAUGACGCAAUGUAAGGAAGGUGCUCAACGAGAAGGCCUAAUGCUAGACUCAAACGAAGAACUUUACAAAUGGUUCACCGGUCAAGUUAUGAAGAAUCUCCAUGUGGUGUUCACAAUGAAUCCCAGCACGGACGGCCUGAAAGAUCGCGCGGCGACAUCGCCGGCGUUAUUCAAUAGAUGCGUGCUGAAUUGGUUCGGUGAUUGGUCGGACAACGCGUUGUUCCAAGUCGGGAAGGAGUUUACCAAUCGCGUGGAUCUGGAAAGACCGAUGUGGAAGUGUCCGGAUUUCUUCCCGUCCGUGUGCUCUCUUAUUCCGUCGCAACCGUCUCACAGAGACGCCGUUAUAAAUGCGUGCGUUUACGUUCAUCAAACCUUACACAAAGCGAACACGCGACUGGCCAAGAGAGGAGCCAGAACUAUGGCGAUCACACCGCGACAUUAUUUAGAUUUUAUCAAUCACUUCGUUAAACUGUAUCAGGAAAAGAGAAGCGAUUUGGAGGAACAGCAGUUGCAUCUGAAUGUUGGUUUAAGUAAAAUUGCCGAGACUGUGGAACAGGUGGAGGAGAUGCAGAAGAGCUUAGCUGUUAAAUCACAAGAACUGCAAGCUAAAAACGAAGCUGCCAAUGCGAAAUUGAGGCAAAUGGUCAAAGACCAGCAGGAAGCGGAGAAGAAGAAGGUACAAAGUCAGGAGAUUCAGCAGCAGUUGGCUAUUCAAACGGUGGCUAUUAAUCAGAAGAGAGACGAUGUCAUGGCCGAUCUCGCAUUAGUCGAACCAGCUGUUAUUGAUGCCCAAAAUGCGGUGAAAUCGAUAAAGAAACAACAUUUAGUCGAGGUUCGCUCGAUGGCGAACCCACCGGCGGUCGUGAAGCUCGCGUUGGAGUCUAUUUGCUUGUUGCUCGGCGAAAACGCCAGCGACUGGAAAUCGAUCCGCGCAGUCAUCAUGAGAGACAAUUUUAUCAAUACCAUUGUCUCAAAUUUCAGUACCGAGGACAUUACCGACGAGGUGAGAGAAAAAAUGAAGAGCCGCUAUCUGAGCAACCCCGAUUACAACUUCGAAAAAGUAAAUCGCGCCAGUCUGGCGUGCGGUCCCAUGGUGAAAUGGGCCAUAGCGCAGAUUGAGUACGCCGACAUGUUGAAGCGAGUCGAACCGCUGCGUGAUGAACUUUAUUCUCUGGAACGACAAGCGGAAACUAACAAACUGAAAGGAGAAGAGGUGAAGAAUCUGAUCGCACAAUUGGAACAGAGCAUAGCGUCGUACAAGGAGGAAUACGCUCAACUUAUCUCGCAAGCACAAGCCAUAAAAGCCGAUCUUGAGAGCGUGCAAGCCAAGGUGGACAGAUCGAUCGCGUUAUUGAAAUCUUUGGUCAUAGAGAGGGAGAGAUGGGAAGCGACAAGCGAGACGUUUAAGAGCCAGAUGUCCACAAUAAUCGGAGACGUUCUGUUAUCUUCCGCUUUCUUGGCUUACGCUGGAUAUUUUGAUCAACAUUAUCGCCAAAACCUAUUUAGCACAUGGUGCCAACAUCUGCAACACGCCAAUUUGCAAUUUAGAGCGGAUAUCGCGAGAACGGAAUAUCUGUCCAAUCCGGACGAACGUUUGAGAUGGCAGGCGAACGCGUUGCCGACUGACGAUUUGUGUACCGAGAACGCGAUUAUGUUGAAACGUUUCAACAGAUAUCCGCUGAUCAUCGAUCCGUCCGGUCAGGCAACGGAAUUUAUCUUGAACGAAUUCAAGGACAGGAAGAUCACGAAGACCAGCUUUUUGGACGAUUCGUUCAGAAAGAAUCUCGAGAGCGCUCUGCGCUUCGGUAAUCCCUUGCUGGUCCAGGAUGUAGAGAAUUACGAUCCUAUACUGAAUCCCGUGUUAAAUCGAGAACUCAGACGAACGGGAGGACGCGUGCUGAUCACACUGGGCGAUCAGGACAUAGAUCUUUCGCCGUCCUUCGUUAUCUUCUUGUCAACGAGAGACCCCACGGUAGAAUUUCCUCCGGACAUCUGCUCGCGCGUGACAUUCGUCAAUUUCACCGUCACCAGAAGCUCCUUGCAAAGUCAGUGCUUGAAUCAGGUGCUGAAGUCCGAACGUCCGGACAUCGACGAGAAGAGAUCCGAUCUGCUUAAACUUCAAGGCGAGUUCCAUCUGAGAUUGCGACAACUCGAGAAAUCUCUGUUGCAAGCGCUAAACGACGCCAAGGGCAAGAUCCUCGACGACGAUUCCGUAAUCACCACUCUCGAGACUCUGAAACAGGAGGCUGCCGACAUCAGUAAAAAGGUUGAGGAAACGGACAAGGUUAUAGCCGAGAUUGAGACAGUUUCCCAACAGUACAUGCCUUUAUCUCAGGCGUGUUCCAACAUGUAUUUCACCAUGGACAGUCUCAAUCAGGUUCACUUUUUGUAUCAGUAUUCGUUGAAAAUGUUUCUGGACAUUUUCACGUCCGUAUUGUCGCAAAAUCCAAAACUGUCCGGCGUGUCGGAUUACAGUCAGCGGCUCACGCUAAUCACGCGCGAUCUGUUCUCCGUCUGUUACGAGCGAGUCGCGCGCGGAAUGUUGCACACAGACAGAUUGACGUUCGCUCUCUUGCUAUGUCGUAUUCAUCUGAAGGGUAUUCCGACGGAAUCCACUUACGACGGCGAGUUCACGUUCUUCCUGCGCGGUAAAGAAGGCGUGCUGAACAUCCGCGCGCCGCCAGUUCCACAUCUCAGCUCGGAACAGCAAGAGGCGAUGAUGCGCCUCAGCAUAAGACUGCCCGCCUUCAAGAAACUCGCUGAGAAGAUUCACGAGAAUCCAGAAUUUGGCGCGUGGCUGCAGUCGCCCACUCCCGAGACGUGUGUGCCAAAACUCUGGGACGAGGAAAAAUUGCUCUCGCCUACGGGCACGGCGAUGCAUCAGUUGUUGAUAAUACAAGCUUUCCGACCGGAUCGCGUGAUCGCGGCUGCGUCUCUCGUUGUAGCCUCAACUUUCGGCGAGUCCUUCAUGCCGGCCGCCGAAGCCGAACUCGACUUCACGUCCGUCGUGGAGAACGAACUGAAAGCGACUGUGCCCGCUUUAUUGUGCUCCGUGCCAGGUUUCGACGCGUCAGGUCGGGUGGACGAUAUGGCUGCGGAAUUGGGCAAGCAAAUAGCCAGCAUCGCAAUCGGAUCCGCGGAGGGAUUCAAUCAAGCCGACCGGGCUAUAAACAUGGCUGUGAAAGCUGGCAGAUGGGUGCUGUUGAAGAACGUACAUCUCGCACCGCAAUGGUUGGUGCAGUUAGAAAAGAAACUGCACAGUCUUCAGCCGCACACUAGCUUCCGAUUAUUCUUAACGAUGGAGAUCAAUCCUAAGGUACCCGUGAAUUUACUGAGAGCUGGUAGGAUCUUCGUGUUCGAACCGCCUCCCGGUAUACGCGCCAACUUGCUACGUACGUUCAGUACCGUGCCCGCGUCGAGAAUGAUGCGAGCGCCCAACGAACGGGCCCGUCUCUACUUCCUUCUAGCGUGGUUCCACGCGAUUGUUCAAGAACGAUUGCGUUACGCGCCGCUUGGUUGGGCGAAACACUACGAGUUCAACGAGAGCGAUCUAAGAGUCGCUUGUGACACUCUGGACACGUGGAUCGAAACCACGGCUAUGGGCAGAACAAAUCUACCACCUGAGAAGGUACCGUGGGACGCGCUGGUUACGCUUUUGUCUCAAUGCAUCUACGGUGGCAAAAUCGACAAUGAUUUCGAUCAGCGUCUUCUGGCUUCUUUCCUGCGCAAACUCUUCACACCACGCUCGUUCGAAGCUGAUUUCGCCCUGGUCGCCAAUAUCGACGGACUGCAGGGUAAUCAAAGACACAUCACGAUGCCGGACGGUACUAGACGCGAUCACUUUUUGAAGUGGAUCGAGGCUCUCUCCGACAGACAAACACCUUCCUGGCUCGGUCUGCCGAACAACGCGGAAAAAGUGCUUCUAACCACGAGAGGAACCGAUUUGGUUUCCAAGCUCCUCAAGAUGCAACAGUUGGAGGACGAGGACGAGCUGGCGUAUUCGAACGAGGAAUCUUUGGACACACCAAGAGAAGCCGAAGCGGACGGCCGGCCAUCCUGGAUGAGGACUCUGCACAAUUCGGCUUCCACUUGGUUGCAGUUACUUCCAAAGAACUUGCCGACCCUGAAGAGAACGGUCGAAAAUAUCAAGGAUCCGUUGUAUAGAUACUUCGAGAGAGAAGUCAACAGCGGGGCGAAAUUGCUUCAGGAUGUUAUUCACGAUUUGGAGGAUGUCGUGUUGAUUUGUCAAGGCGAGAAGAAACAAACCAAUUAUCAUCGAACAAUGCUGUCCGAAUUAGUAAAAGGUAUAUUACCCGGUGGUUGGAGGAGAUACACCGUGCCAAGAGGUUGUACCGUUAUACAAUGGAUCACCGACUUCAGUCACAGAGUCUCCCAGCUACAGGAAGUCUCUCGUUUGGUCUCUCAAGGCGGAGCGAAGGAGAUAAAGAGUUUCCCCGUCUGGCUCGGAGGUUUGCUGAAUCCCGAGGCUUAUAUUACCGCAACUAGGCAAUGCAUCGCGCAGGCUAACAGCUGGUCGCUCGAGGAAUUGCAAUUAAAUGUAACUAUCGGCGACGGCGACAACAUCGCCACGGACGAUUGCUCUUUUGCCGUAACCGGUUUGAAGUUGCAAGGUGCGCAAUGUAAGGAUAAUCAGUUGUAUCUGACAUCCACCAUAAUGACCGAUUUGCCGGUCACCAUGCUUAGGUGGAUGCGAUCGUCCACGGAGGAUAUACGAAAGAACAAAUUGUCCUUACCGGUUUAUUUGAACAGCACUCGUACCGAACUGCUAUUUACUGUCGAUUUGAAUAUCGCUCCUAGUCAAGAACCGCACAGUUUCUACGAAAGAGGAGUCGCAGUCUUAACAUCCACCGCUUUGAAUUAAUAGUUACAUAAUACUUAUAUAAACAAUUGUUUAGCGCGAAUUAUAAUCGCUUAAAUAACACACACACACACACACACAACACACAAACACACACACACAUACAAAAAAGUACUUUACGAAUUCACAAAAAAAAAAACAAAAAAAAAAAAAUUAAAAUACGUUGCGUUGCGCGUUACCGCGUUUGUAAAGAAAAGAAAGAACUCGGUAACACGCGACUCUCGCGACGCAAGUCUGAAAGACAUUUAAAGAGAAAAGUAUAUAAAAGAAUAUAUAUAUAUAUAUAUUUUACAAAAAAACAUUGCUUUCUCCAAAGGAUUUUCGCCGAAAGUAACGAUCGGAAUCAGGUAAAAACUUUCGGCGACAUACACACACACAUAUAUAGAGCAUAAUUAAAUGUGUAUCAUUCAUUCAAAAGAGAAUUUUAACAAAAAUUUUCACGAAGGAGGUUGUAAUGUGUAUAUAUAUAGUUUAUUUAAUUUUUGUAUACGUUCGAAUUUUAAAACCUAUGGCUUUCUGUAAUAAAGUUACAUUACGUUCGCCGCGAUGUAAGUAUCAAUAAAUAUAUUACAGUGUUUAUAUAACAAGAAUCUUAAUGGCAUCUAAUAAAGUCGUACUAUAACAAAACUA